ACAUAGGUGUGUGGUUUUAAUACAGUUUUUGUUCUUGGUUUGCUUAUUAGUCUCAUGGGUUUGGAAAACUUUUAAAAAGGUUGAUACAAGAAAUUUGGUUUCAAAACAAAGUUUUAGGGGUGUGUUUUAUAAACAAACUUUGGUUUGUUGUGUUUUUCUAUCACUCUUUAAUCUUGUGUUAUGUUUCUUGAACAAUUUCUAUUGGUAUAGAAAUGGUUGGAGUGAUGGAAAAAUAGUGACCCUUUUGCAUGUUGUUUUAGGAACCCUUGUUUGGUUAUGUGUUUCUGUUUAUUUGCAUACGCUUGUUUCGAAUUUGUCGACACAAUCUAGAAAAUACCCAUUAGUGUUAAGGGCUUGGUGGGUGUUUUUCUUUACAUUUUCGUGUUAUUCGCUUGCCAUAGACUAUGUUUACUAUAGAAGAACCCAUGAUUCGCCUUAUAUGUUGUUUGUUACCGAUUCUGUGUCUAGUUUGAUCGGUUUGUUUCUUUGUUUUGUGGGGUUUUCCCAUAAGACAGAGGAAGAAAUUCGAAAUCUUGAAGAACCCCUUUUGAAUUCUGGGGUUCCUAGAGUAGUUAAGAGUGAACUAGCAUCAACUUAUGAAAAUGCAAGUUUCUUUAGCUUGUUGACAUUUUCUUGGAUGAGUCCUAUUAUUGCAAAAGGCAAUAAGAAACCGUUAGACCUUGACGACGUCCCUCAACUCGCGAAUAUAGAUAGUGUGAGAGGAGUGUUUCCUGUUUUGUUAAAUAAAGUCGAGUCUUUUAACAAUGGGAAUAACCAAAUCACUACAUUUGGUCUCACGAAAGCGUUAUUCUACAUAGUGUGGAAAGAAGUAGUGAUCACAGGUUUUUUCGCGAUUGUAUCAACAUUGACUAGUUUUGUUGGUCCUUACCUCAUAGAAUCAUUUGUUCAAUACCUGAAUGGAACCCGAGAUUAUGAACAUCAAGGUGCCGUUUUGGUGGCUGCUUUUUUCAUAUCUAAGCUUAUCGGGUGUUUUGCACAACGCCAUUGGUAUUUCAAGCUUCAACAAACUGGCAUUAGAGCCAGAUCAGCUAUUGUUGCCAUGAUUUACCAAAAAGGUUUGACCAUUUCUGGCCAGUCAAAGCAGGGGAACUCAAGCGGUGAAAUCAUCAAUUUCAUGGCUGUCGAUGCAGAACGAAUCGGCGACUAUGCUUGGUAUAUGCACGAUUUUUGGCUAGUACUUCUGCAAGUAGGCAUUGCAUUAGCACUUUUAUAUAAAAAUUUAGGGAUAGCUGCAGUUGCUUCAUUGAUUGCUACGAUUGUGGUAUUGGUGGCGAAUUAUCCACUUGGGCAUAUACAAGAAAAGCUUCAAGAUGAGUUGAUGAAAUCUAAAGAUAAAAGGAUGAAAUCAACAUCCGAAAUCUUGAGAAACAUGAGGAUUCUUAAACUUCAAGGUUGGGAAAUGAAGUUUUUGUCGAAAAUCAUCAAACUUAGAGAUGAAGAAGAAAGUGCAUUGAAGAAAUAUAUGUAUACUUUGUCCAUGACUUCUUUUAUUUUCUGGGGUGCUCCAAUUAUCGUAGCUGUGGCCACUUUCGCUACGUGUUUGUUUGUUGGCACCCCUCUUGAAUCAGGAAAAGUACUCUCUGCACUUGCAACAUUUAAGAUACUUCAAGAGCCUAUUUACAAUCUUCCUGACUCGAUAUCUGUGUUUUUCCAAACUAAAGUCUCACUUGAUCGCAUUGCUACAUAUCUUCGGCUCAGUGACAUAGACUCCAGUGCUAUAGAUAAGGUUACACGAGGUAGUUCUGAUACUGCUAUUGAGAUCAUAAAUGGGAAUUUUGCAUGGGAUUUGAGUGCAUCUUCGAACCCAACGUUGAAAGAUAUAAACAUUAGGGUAAAUCAUGGGAUGCGGGUUGCUGUUUGUGGGACUGUUGGCUCGGGGAAGUCUAGUUUACUUUCUUGUAUCUUGGGUGAGGUAUCGAAGAUAUCAGGAAGUGUGAGAAUUGAGGGAUCAAAGGCAUAUGUAGCUCAAUCGCCAUGGAUACAGAGCGGAAAGAUUGAAGAUAAUAUCUUGUUUGGUAGGGAGAUGGAUAGAGAGAGGUAUGAGAAUGUUUUAGAAGCAUGUUCUUUGAAGAAAGAUCUUGAAAUUCUUUCAUUUGGUGAUCAAACUGUUAUUGGUGAGAGAGGGAUUAACUUGAGUGGUGGUCAGAAACAGAGGAUACAGAUUGCUCGGGCUCUCUAUCAAGAUGCGGAUAUUUAUCUUUUUGAUGACCCGUUCAGUGCUGUUGAUGCUCAUACAGGAAGUCAUCUAUUCAAAGAAUGCAUGUUACAAUUUCUGGACUCAAAAACAGUGAUUUACAUAACACAUCAAGUUGAGUUCUUACCUGCUGCAGAUCUUAUCCUGGUUUUGAGAGAUGGAAGGAUCACACAAGCCGGAAAGUACAAUGAUAUUCUCAAUUCAGGAAGUGACUUUAUGGAGCUUGUAGGUGCACACAAAGAAGCGUUAUCUGCCAUUGAUUCCAUGGGGACAAACAUGCAGGAACAAACAGAUAGUUCCAAAAAGAGCACAAAUGAUAGUCAAAAUGGUAAAACAGAUGACAUAUCAGGUACAAAAGCACAGCUUGUUCAAGAAGAAGAACGGGAGAAAGGCAAAGUAGGUUUCUCAGUCUACUGGAACUACAUAACAACGGCUUACGGCGGGGCUCUUGCACCAUUAAUAGUUUUGGCACAAGUAUUGUUCCAAGUACUUCAAAUUGGAAGUAAUUAUUGGAUGGCUUGGGCAUCUCCAGUGUCUGCAAGUGAUCCAGCCCCGGUUACAGGCUCAACCCUGAUCCUGGUUUAUGUAGUUUUAGCAGCUGGAUGUGCAUUGUGUAUACUCGCAAGAGGUCUGCUUCUUGCAACUGUUGCAUAUAAAGCAGCCACUAUUCUCUUCCACAAAAUGCACUUAUCCAUUUUCCGUUCGCCCAUGUCUUUCUUUGACUCUACUCCAAGUGGACGAAUACUAAAUAGAGCCUCUACAGACCAAAGUGCGGUGGACAUGCAAAUUCCAUACCAAGUUGGAUCAUUUGUAUUCGCUAUCAUUCAACUUCUUGGCAUCAUUGCAGUUAUGUCACAAUGUGCUUGGCAAGUGAUCAUAAUAUUUAUUCCUGUCGGUGGAAUGUGCAUCUGGUUGCAGCAAUAUUACCUGCCUUCAGCACGAGAAAUGGCACGGCUAGUUGGCGUUUGUAAAGGUCCAGUGAUACAGAAUUUUGCUGAAACAAUAUCAGGGUCAACAACCAUUAGAAGUUUUGAUCAACAAGGCAGAUUCCAGGACACAAACCUGAAAUUGAAUGAUGAUUUCGCAAGGCCAAAAUUUCAUGCUGCUGCGGCUAUGGAAUGGUUAGGCAUACGUUUGGAUAUGCUGUCUUCUUUUACCUUUGCUGCAUUUCUAAUUUUCUUAAUUUCUAUCCCAGAAGGAACUAUAGAUCCAAGUAUCGCGGGCUUGGCUGCUACUUACGGUCUUACUUUGAACAUGUUACAAGGAUGGGUAGUAUGGACUUUAACCAACCUUGAAAACAAAAUUAUUUCUGUUGAAAGGAUAUUUCAGUAUUCAUCUAUCCCCAGCGAACCUCCUCUAGUUAUAGAAUCUAAUAGGCCUGAUGAUCAGUGGCCGUCACAGGGAGAAGUUGAUAUCCGUAACCUGCAGGUUCGGUAUGCACCACAUAUGCCACUUGUGUUGCGAGGCCUUACGUGCAAUUUCAAAGGGGGAAAGAAAACUGGGAUUGUGGGAAGAACUGGUAGUGGGAAGUCGACUCUGAUACAAACACUCUUCCGCCUUGUUGAGCCAGCUUCUGGACAAAUUUCAAUAGAUGGAAUUAAUAUAUCCACAAUAGGACUUCAUGAUCUUCGUUCAAGAUUGAGUAUAAUUCCUCAAGAUCCAACCAUGUUUGAAGGAACUAUUCGAAGCAAUCUGGAUCCACUUGAAGAGUAUACAGAUGAUAAAAUUUGGGAGGCUCUCGAUAAGUGUCAACUUGGAGAUGAAGUAAGGAGCAAGAAAGGGAAGCUCGAUUCACCAGUUACCGAGAAUGGAGAAAACUGGAGCGUGGGUCAAAGGCAGCUGGUGUGUCUCGGGCGUGUACUACUCAAAAAAAGCAAAGUCCUGGUACUUGAUGAAGCCACUGCAUCAGUCGACACGGCAACUGAUGGAAUGAUUCAGCAAACGCUCACGAAACAUUUUACAGAUUCAACUGUGAUAAUGAUUGCGCAUCGUAUCACCUCUGUACUUGAUAGUGACAUGGUUUUAGUUCUAGAACAAGGUCUGAUUGAUGAAUAUGAUUCUCCAACAAAGUUGCUGGAAGACAAAUCAUCUUCAUUUGCUAAGCUUGUUGCCGAGUAUAGUAUGAGAUCGAGUUCCAGUUAUGAAAACUUAGCAACAGCUUAGUAUGUUGGUGUUAAGAUUGGUGCUUGAUGAUCUGAUCUUGAUUGCUCAAAUGAGAAUAUAGACAUAGAAAGGUAAGUUUGUUUUGAUUGUCGGCAGUUUGAGCUCUCAUGGACUGCAUCUAGCUUGUCGCAAGGAGCUUGGUGCCACAGGAUCGUACUCUAUGUACUACCAUAACCUUGGCAUAUCUCCACUGUUUUCUAAAUUUUUGAUGUGUGUAAGCAUAGCUAUUUUCCUCUUGUAAGUUGUCUAAAACUAUCUAAAACACUGCUUAAACUUAAAGAUCAUUUGUUGAUCAAGCUUCUAGUUAUUGAUUAUGUUGUAUUCCUCUUUGCGUAUCAUAUAUAUCAUGCGGUUUUAGGUGGAUUAUGAGAAAA